UAGAAACCUGGCCUGACCUAACCUUGGUGACGGUUGCAUAGUCUACGCAGACACAGCCUCCAGCAAGUGAAAUACGUAGAAACCUGGCCUGACCUAACCUUGGUGACGGUUGCACAGUCUACGCAAACACAGCCUCCAGCAAGUGAAAUAUGUAAAAACCUGGCCUGACCUAACCUCACUAAACCUCAUAUUACCAUAUUACAGUCACGGACACUCUGCAUAAACACAGCCUCCAAUAGCACACAUUCCCCGUUUUUCAUUUCUAUUUUCAACAUUUCCUCCUUAACUCGACAUUCCUGUAUUUUGUUGAAUAAAACUCUUUCAAAGUGCUUUUAGAUCCAGAUUGGCUAAUGUCAAAUUUUUCUCACUGCUACAAAACAGAACCUUUUCUCUUCUUUCAAAUCGUAAAAGACCGCGAAAUUCAUUAGCAGACGGCUUCUGUCAAACAUGUUUCACUCCCCAGUUGGCCCUCAGUGCUCCCCUGCCUUACUAAGAUGGCGGCCUCCACCUGUGUUAGGCUUAACAAGGCCGCCACUGUGAAUGUACGGCUUUCAAUGGUAUUUUACAAACGCUCAUAAACAACUUUCUACCCAACACUUUUUCAUAAUUCUUGUAUUUUCCGAUCCGCUAUAUCACCCUAGUUCAUUCCCAAGUGUUAUUUAACUUUCAAACGCGAUGGCUAAUUUUAAAAAUCCAUAAGCCCGUCUACGGAACUACACCCCUUAAGUUUCACUAUUUUUGCAAAGACUGUCAGAGCUAUCUUGGGAUGUCUGCCAAAGAAAAAGACAGUGAAGAUCGAGAAUGUUCCCACUGCAGAGCGAAGCACAGUAUAAAAGAGAUGCUACGAGAUGGGAACUUUUUUAUCAUGUUCGAUUUAAGAGCACAGUUGCAACUUCUAGUGAAGAAGUAUCAACGACUGCUCCUGGAGAACCUGGAACGGAUACAUGCUGCCACAUCCGCUGUCUAUACCGAUCUGACUAGUGGUGCCUUGUACAAGAGAGUGCGUCAGGAGCUAGGAUGUAAAGCAAAUGACCUUACCAUUACAUUUUCAACGGAUGGUUCUCCUGUCUUUAAGUCAACUACGUCGUCCCUAUGGCCCAUCCAUAUGAUACUCAACGAGCUGCCCACUAUACCUAGAUGGCAGAAUGUUACUCUUGCUGGACUGUGGUUUUCUCGAAAACAUCCCAACAUGUUCCUCUUCUUGAAAGCCUUCGCCAAUGCAUUUAACGAAAUUGGGACACUCUCGUGGGUGAACAGUGCAGGAGAGAAAAUCGCAUCAAGAGUUCAUGUGGUCUGUGCUGUCGUCGACUCCCCUGCAAGGGCAGCAUUGCUUAAUAUGAAGCAGUUUAAUGGCUUUCAGGGUUGCCCAUGGUGCUAUCACCCCGGUGUCCAUCUGCAAGGAAGCCUGCGGUACCCCUACAGAGAGCACGUGCAGCAACGAACACAUGUGGAAAUAGCUCGGGACAUGAAGAAAGCAACACGCACAGGCCAAGUCGUCAAUGGAAUCAAGGGGCUUAGCCCUUUGCUUUAUCUUCGCAGUUUUGAUGUCGCAUGGGGUGCCUGUCCGGAUUAUAUGCACUGCGUGCUUGAAGGAGUUGUCAAACAAGUGACAGAAAUAUGGCUAAGUCAUUCAGAAGCAGAAGCAUAUAUUGGUCGAUACGUGGAUGAGGUUAAUGCACGACUAUGCAGGAUCCGGCCUCCCAUUUCAUUUUCUCGUCUUCCGAGGGCACUGAAUGACCGUGCCUUGUGGAAGGCGACUGAGUGGAAGUCUGGCUGCUCUACUAUUCUCUUCCGUGUGUUCAGGGUAUCCUACCACAUUACGUUAUCUGCUUCACUUUUCAAAGUUGUGUCAUGCCGUGUUUCUCCUUAUUAGACAGACCAUCACUGAAGAUGAAGUUGAUGAGGCUGAGCACGUUCUCCGUGACUUUUGUGUCAAAGUGCCUCUGCUUUAUGGUGAGGGACAGUGCACAUUCAAUGUGCACCUAUUACUUCACUUACCGCAAGCAGUGCUAAACCUGGGCCCAUUGCGGAGUACGUCAAUGUUCCCCUUUGAGGGAGCCAAUGGAGAUAUUGUGAAGAAGGUGACAGCAUCUAACGGCGUGCCUCUUCAAGUAACGGAAAGAUGCCUCAUGGACCAAAAAGUUGACAUAAUAAAUGAAAGUGUUGAACUUCCGGAAGCAUGGACACCACUGUAUGAGCAGUACAGGGGUACAAGAAGGAAAUCUUCUGUUUGUCGUGUCCUUGGGUCACAACAAUUGCCAGGCAAUGUGACAACUGCAAUUCAGCAAACGUUCUUGAGAGAUAUCGGCAACGUGGGAAGUCUACAGCGGUUUCUCCGGGCACAGAUCAACAGCUGUACAUUUCAUUCUGUGGAAUAUUUCAGGCCACAAAAGACGUGUUCGCAGUUCAUAAAGGUCGACAAUGGUGGCUACUAUGAAGUUCAGCAGGUCUACAAGCAACUAGCGACAGAU